CACGAGCUCAAGCCCUUCAUGGUCAUCAGCACAUUCACUACACUCCUGCCAAGCUAGUGCCGAACUCCAGUGUGCGACGUCAUGGCUCCGAUCGUCGCUCACGAUUCCGUUCCCGUCGCCGCGAGACGGUGGCUCGUCGUCGGGCUCCUUCUGGCGGCGUCUCUUGGAGCGUCGCCUGCGCUCGUCGCUGCUGACUUGUCAGAGGCUCACGCGACAGACCAUUCGGCAGCGCAGACAACAGAGGCAGCGGCAGCAGCGGAAGCAGCGGCAGCAGGCGCGGCAGCGGAAGCAGCGGCAGCAGGGCCAGCAGUAGUCGCGGAUCCCGAGCCGUACUGCGAGGACCUGUCGAAAGGACCUAUUGUGCGCGAAAUCCCGACCCUGUAUCAAGACAGCUAUGGCAUGGAGGGCGUAUCGGUGAUCACUUUGGGCGGCAAAGUGCAGCACGGGCUGAAGCACGUGGAGGUUUUCAUGAUGACGUUCGCUCCGGGGGCCAAGACCCCCAUACACUCACACCCGCAGGAGGAGGUGGUGGUGUUCACGAGGGGAGUGGGCAAGGUGCUGGUGGUGGAGGACAAGAAGGCAGAGCCAUCGUCACAUGAGGUCAAGAGGAACACCACCGUCACCUUCCACCCCAAGGCGCUGCACCAGAUUGCGAACGAUGGCGAUACGGAGCUGCAGCUCAUCGCGUCCUACUCGAAACCGCCGCACAAGAUGGCGGUGCACGCCACGUGGCAGACCAGCAGGAAGGACGCCGAGAGCGCUGGCAGGGCCACGUGGGACGCGUGCGUGGUGAGAGAGGGGGAGGUGGCAGAGGGGGAGAGAGGGGAGGGUGAAGCGAAGGAGGGAGUGGAGAGGAAGGAGGGGGGUGCUGCAGCUGAAGGGGAUGUGGCAGCAGCAGAUGUUAUUGGGAAGGCAGAGGAGGAGGAGCUGAGACGAGACUUGGAGGGGGGCAGUGGAGCGGGUGUUGACCGUGGCAGAGGUGAGGAGGAUGCAGCAAGUGCGUCACAGGAAGUGAAGGAUGAGCUCUAGGUGAUGCAGAUACAUGCUCCAUUGAGGUGUCUACUUAGUUGCACUACUUCAGGCAGACGAGCUGUGGAUACCUACUGGGACAAGAUGAUGUUAAUCUUGGUUCCAGAUACUGGUAAGGUCAGGCCUCUCAGAACUGGUUCAGCUAGCCGCACAUUGCUCAGCAUUCUUUUUGGAUCAGAGGCGUUCUCCCUAGGCAGAUCCCUUAUUGCCCUAACGUCCAUCUCUAACUUGAUACGGUUAGGCGUUUCGUCUCCUUUCCCACAGCUAGCCAGCUCUGUUUGUGCCACCCAAAGCACG